AGAAAAAUUCGUCGGCUGGGCCACUGUCAUAACUCUAUUCCGUAUGUUCCGCGAAUUUUGACUCACCCUCUCGCUUAUAAUCGGCGCAGUAGACCGGAGUCAGUAUCUGAAAUUGCAUCGUUGUCAAACGAGAACACUUGGCUUCUCUGGCAGCUAUUGCCACCACUGCUAGUGUACUUUUUUACUACUGGUCUUCUCGCAAGAAUGAUCCUUUAGAUGCGCUUCCAAGUCCCAAAGGUCGUCUCCCGUAUCUUGGUAAUAAAAUAAACCUCCUUCGCCAAAUGGUUAACUCUUAAGUUUGAUAUGAUUGUCUAUGAGUCGCUGUUGUUGUUGUUGUUGUUGACACUAAGAUAAAAUUGUACUUUAACUUUAUGAAAAAGUCAUCUUUUAAAUAUGGACGCGCUGCCUGGCUUCAAGUUUCAUGAGUGGCACAAAGAAUGUGGUCCUGUGCUUCGGAUUGACGUGGGCGUCCAACGAUGGAUUCUCGUCAGUGAUCACGAAAUUGUCCAGCAUUUGUUUGUUACCAAUGGCGCCGUUGCGUCGAAUCGACCUUUCCAAUUGUUUAGCUCACAGUAUUAUGCACUAGGAAAAAGAGGCAUCGUACUAGCGGAUCCAACGAAGAAAUGGAAACACCUACGAACUGUGGUACUUUCCGUGGCAUCGCCAAAAAUGGUAGCCCAGUUCAGCUCAAUUCUUCAACGCGAAGCCGACAGCCUUAUCAAAGACCUUACUUCAGCUUGCACCGGGAAUAAUAACGAAGAUACUGAUGUGAAUCCAUUACCCCUACUGCAACGUACAUCACUGAACUAUGUGCUACAAACAGGCUUUGGCUUAUGUGUUUCCGAACAAGACGAAUUGUUUCAUGAAAUUAUCACUUUUAUCGACGAAGGCUUGAAGUUGGGAGGCGUGCAAAACGAUCUGGCUGGGUUUCUGCCUAUUCUCAAGGUUGUGGACGUAAUUUUGGGUCAUGCCAGUGUUUACAAAAGAUUUAUUCGUGAGAGACGAGAUCCAUUAUUCACAAAAUUGAUUCAGAAAGCCGCUGAAGGGGAUCAGGAUUGUGUGUUUAAGCGUUUGUAUGAGCAAAAGGAACAGCUUGGACUUGAGGAUGCUGAUUUGCUCGUCGCUGCAGGCGACUUUAUUACCGGUGGAACUGACACAACGGCUGUAACGUUGGAAUGGAUUUUUGCUAUUUUGUUGCACCAUCCCGAUGUAUGUCGAAAACUCAGCGAAGUAGACUCGUUUACCCAAGAGCACAAACGAUUCCCAAUUUUUACAGAUCGCGAAUCGUUCCCUUACCUUAUAUCCGUUCAAAAAGAGUGCAUGCGGUACCGGUCCUUGGCACAUUUUUCGUUCUUCCAUGUCCUAGAAAAAGACAUAACCUACAAAGGUUAUCUGUUUCCGAAAGGAGCAUCUGUUCUACCAACCACUUACUCGAUGCAUAAAAACCCAAAACUGUUUCCAGAUCCAGACAAGUUUAUCGCUGAACGAUUCGUGAAUAAGACCCAAACCAUGCAGUCGGCUGCUAGUGGCAAGAUUGAGGACCGUGAUCAUUUCUUAUUUGGAUGGGGCAGAAGAGUGUGCCCUGGCAUUCACUUGGCCGAGGUCCAAAUGUUUAAUGUUCUGACACGUGUGUUUGCACACUGUACUUUGAAACCACCAGUAGAUGGGACUCUACCUGAUCUCGACGAUUGUCGCAGUGGAGGUAUCACAAUAUCACCGCCUCCAUUCAAAGCACGUUUUGUACGUCGCCAGCAGAAUUCAACAUAGCUUUUAUUGUUCCUCUUUCAUAUCAUGGUCAAAUCAAUAAAGUACUAUCACACCGAUACUAUACUAAAAAG